AUGAACGACCAAGAAAAAAUAACCUCGGCCAAACUAAUCGAGGAUCAAGGACAAUUAAAAGAAAAAUACGAGCAAGAACUGAAAGCCGUCCAGCAAGAAAACCUAAACCUGCAAAACACCAUUCUUAAAAAGGAUGACGAGAUUUUCGAACUCCAAAAAGCCAAUGAAGGCUUAAGCAAAGAUCGAGACGA